GUCGCAAUGGCUCCCAGGAUUGCUAUCGUCUUUUACUCCAUGUACGGCCAUAUUGAGCGGCUGGCUCAGGCUGAGUUGAAGGGUAUCCAAGCUGCAGGUGGCAAUGCAGACCUCUACCAAAUCGAGGAGACCCUUCCCGCCGAGGUGCUACAACUGAUGCACGCCCCUCCAAAGUCUUCCGUUCCUGUCAUUCAGCCAGAGCAGCUGCUCGAGUACGACGCCGUCCUCUUCGGUAUCCCCACUCGCUUCGGUAACUUCCCCGCGCAGUGGAAGGCCUUCUGGGACCGGACCGGUAAGAUCUGGGCCACCGGCGGCUACUGGGGAAAGUAUGCUGGUCUCUUUGUCUCUACCGGCACAAUGGGUGGUGGCCAGGAGUCUACUGCGCUAGCGGCGAUGAGCACGCUCGCGCACCAUGGCUUCAUCUACGUGCCGCUUGGUUAUAAGACUGCAUUUCCGCUUCUCACGAACAUGACUGAGAUCCAUGGUGGGAGCGCAUGGGGCGCAGGAACCUUUGCUGGAGGAGAUGGCUCCCGCCAGCCCAGCGAGCUCGAGCUUUCCAUUGCCGAGGCGCAGGGCAACGCGUUCUAUAGCCACGUUUCUCGGCUGAACUCUGCUUGACUACAUGAUAGCUC